GAACUGGACAUUCUCAAUUUAAAUUAACCCCAAAAUAGAAAAUGUGUUCAAGUUUGUAAUUUCAACACUAACCCACACAUUAGCAAACCGAAUACUGUUUAUUUUAAUGUAUACCAAAAUAUUUCGUUAUUUUCUCGUCAGGCGAAAAGAAAGAUGACCAUAUGUUCAUGUGAGGGACCCCGCUGUCAAGAGAAAUCCCGAGGAUCUUGUUAUGUUUUGUGGAAGCUGGCGAACUUCCCUUAUUUAGCGAGUAAUUGUGAAUAAAAAUAUCAGUUAAAAUGUCUUCAGAGGAGUUUGAAAAGCUGCACGAGAUGUAUAAACAUAUUUACAAUGACAUUAAGUCGAUGCCGGAGAUAGCAGCGAAAUGUCGCGGAGAGGAAAAGAAGAGAAUCGUCAGAGAGUUUGAUGAAAAAAGCGGAGAAGCAGAGGAAGUGCUCAAAGGAAUGGAUGAAGAGUUGCUCUUGGCCCCAUCCUCCUUCCGUAACCCGAUGUCCACUACGAUGCGCAUGUACAGGAGGGACCUGGGCAAGCUGCAGAGGGACAUGAAGAGCACUGACCUGGGCCUGGGGUUCGGGGCUCGGGGGGAGUCCAAGUACGGAGCCUACACUGCCGAGAACGAGCACAGUACACAGCUGCAGUCCCAGAGAGCCCUUAUCCUCCAGGGCACAGAGUCCCUGAGUCGAGCUACACAGAGUAUAGAGCGCUCACAUCGGAUAGCAGCCGAGACCGACCAGAUCGGCACGGACAUCAUCGAGGAGCUGGGAGAGCAGAGGGAGCAGCUGGACCGCACCCGAGACAGACUCGUACACACCGGUGAAAACCUCAGUCGAAGCCGAAGGAUCCUGCGCUCCAUGUCCAGGAGGUAAUCCGCUGCCUCUCGUCUCGCACUUCUUGACUCAUGACAAACAAGCUCCUGCUGUCUGUCAUCAUCAUCAUGGAGCUGGCCAUCUUGGGAGCAGUCGUUUACCUCAAGUUCUUCCGGAAGUGAUUGUUUUAGAGACUUUCGUUCCUGUGUGACAAAUCUCUGGACCUUGGAAGUAGCCAGGGAGAGUUCCUGAACUAAAACUGGGACCAAAGUCUGUGUAGGAGCACAGGCACCUUUGGAAGGAGCAUCUGAAUAUUAUGAUUUUUUGCAAACAGUUGGAAUCAUCAUGGAAGAUUUCAAACUGCGUUUUCAAACUGGAACUGAAGCAACUUUGAGCAAAAUGUGUGCUCGAGUCUAGGCAAUUCAACUCUUAAUCUUCAACACCAGGGACAGACAUUAAGUGCAGUGUACUCUGCUUCAUUGUGCUCCAUUUCAGAUCAGUGAAGGUUUUUUUGUGCUUGAGGCUUAUUUGCUGACACAAUCAAUAGAUUCACUACUGAGAGACUGGUUGUUGUGCAUAUUUUCCUUGUUGAAAACUUAAGUGUACAGAAAUAGCAAACUUGAUUAAAUGCAGUCUUAGAUUUUCAAUUUAAAAAAAAAAAAGAAAAUGUAUUUAGUGUGUCCAAUUAUUAUUUUACCCCUGAUUUUCUCCCAGUUUGGAAUUGUUUCCCCACACAGCUCAGAAGUCCUGACGGUUCGGUGGGCAUCCUCUGAUCCCACGACCAAGCCAGCUUUCUCUUUCACCCAGGAACUCGAGAGCGGAUGUCUCCGAGCUACCGACCUCUGGAGGACAGAGGCCUGGCCAGCAGGGUUCACUGUAGUGCGAUGAGGAGAAAGCCCCUGCCGAUUUUGCUUCCCUAACCCACAGGAGCGCCAGAGCAAAUGUGACACUCCCUUCAGAGUCCCCAGCGAAGACUGGCCUACUUCGCACAGCCAGGACAUGAACCUGCGCUGUAUGACACGCCUUGCAGCUGCGCUUUUACCAGGUGUAAAAACUUUGUGUCCCUGGCACACUUUAAUCGCCAAGUCCCUUAAAGUGGGGUAUCCAAACUGGGGGCCUGGAAAUGGUUUCGGGGGCUGCAGUACAUACAGAAAUAUCUCUCAAAUCACACACCUAACAAAGCAAUGGGUCCUCAGUCAGGGUGCCUAGUUUGGUAGGACCAAGACAGUUGUGAAACCUCAGCACUAGUAGGAGCUGUGAUGCCAUCUAGUGAGAGCCCAGGGAAGUACAGUGGUGCACAACCGGUAGCAGGUAAAAUCGUUAAAGCAACUACUUGAUAAGUACGACUUGUUUUUCCCUAACGCAGCAAACCACACAGCACAGAUGCACUUGCAAGGGAGUAUGAUAGCUCUAUCAAUAGCUAGAGGCUGGAAGUUUAAAGGGAAUGCUUUAUAAUAACAUUUCUCCCACCAUUUUUGUUCUCCCACCAUUACGAAGGCGCAUACAUAUUUUCAAAUCAAUCGCUUUCUUUGAAACACAUCCAUACACGACGUAUUAAAACAGUACAGUGGCAGACUAAUAAACGCUGAUGGUACUGGACGAGUUUGGUACGCAAUGUGGAUAGUACUUCACAUUUCCCAUUCACAGUGAUAUGCUAUCAUUAAACUAACAGAAGUGGUGUAUUUUGGUCUUUGUCAUAUUAAUUAGUAGCUAAUGUUCACUAAAUGCUUGUAUUUCACAUGUUAUCUUCUAUUAAGUGUAGGGUGCCAAUACUUUUGUUUGCGACUGUUUCAGUAAAACAUCUUGUAUGGAUAUGUGUUUCAACGAAAGCUUGUGAUUCUUACAACUUGUUGGAUUCAUUUGAAAAUGUGUGUGUGCCUUUGUGUUAGGUUAUGCUAGUGGGCUCACAAAACCAACUAAAAAAUGUGGGAUUACAUGAGCUUGACCCUAGUAAUCUUUCAUUAAAUCUUAAACUAGAAAUGAAAAAUUUUGGGGGUUAUCUUUGAUCCUGAUCUAUCAUUUGAGACUUGUAUUAGGGAAGUUACAAAAGUACCAUUUGUGAAAUAUAGCCAAAUUGGACCAAUUAUUUCCUUAUCUGAUGCCGAGAGACUAAUGCAUGCCUUUGUUUAAUUUAGAAUUGAUUACUGUAAUGCACUUCUCUCUGGUACAGUAUCCCAAAAGGUGUGCUGUCUCGCUUACAGCUCGUUCAGAAUACCGCUGCUAGAAUUCUGACUAAAACCAGGAAAAGUGAACUCCCUGUGCACUAUAGAAUUGAGUUUAAGAUUUUGCUGUUAACCUGUUAAGCCCUAAAUGGAUUAGCACCUAGUUAUUUGCAGGAGUUACUGACCACGUAUCAUCGGAAUCGCACUCUAGUUAAUCCUAGGGUCAACAAAAUGAACAAGGGAGGAAGGGCUUCUUCAUACAGAGCCCCUAUAUUAUGGAAUGCACUCCCUUCUUUCGCCAGGGAAGCUGGGACUGUUGCAGUUUAAGUCAAGACUGAAAACAGUUUUAUAAAAACAGCUUUCUUAUUUUAGUGGGUUUAAUGUAACUUUUAAAUUGCUGCUUUUUAACAUUAUUUUUUAAUAUAUUGUUAUUUAAAUACGAGGUUUAAUAUGUUGACAUGCCUGGGGACCUUUAUACAAAUGUGUUGUGUAAAUGUAAAUGCGUUUUGCAAUUUACUGUACAGUGCUGUUUGAUACUUUUCUAUGAAGUGCUAUAUAAAUGCAAUAAAUAAAUGAUGGGAGAACAAAAAAAUGCACAAUUUCCGAUCGUUCUCAUAAAGCAUUCCUUUUAAACAAUGAAAACUCUCACCCUCUGGCUAUUGAUACAUUUUUGAACAUGGCCACCAAUCUCCAGAGAUAUAGGGCUGGUUGCAGAUACAGAUUAGCACUAUUUUGAGCUUCCUUUUCCAAGGCAACAUUAGGGAGUCAAGCAUUAGUGCUCAUCAGGGUUUGGGUUUGUAUCCCGUCGAAUUGAUCUUCAGUCCUCACGUAGUCAGUGGUGUUAUCUCCAGAUGGUGUUGGCUGCAGUCCCAUGUGUUUCUCACAGCUUCAUUGCUUUCACAUGUGAACCAGCACUGACCCACCAUCUGCACUUCUGUAGGAGGUAGUUUACAAAACAAAGCCUUUAGUUCCCACCAUGCUCAUGAAACUCUUUGAGGCAAUAUCUAUUUUUGUACAUUUUGUUUGUUUUAAAACACUUCUGAAAACAGGUAACCUUCAGUUAAGGUCAACAAAUCUUCAUGUCUGCACUAAACAAGUAUCUGAGCAGCUUCACACCGUCCUGGAUACCAUGAUUCUUGUACUGAGGGGUAUUCAGAAAACACUGCAGUUACAGAUUGGGUGGAGAAAAGCUGAUUAUUUGUUGGGUGGUAAUAAGUGGCAGUAAUAGGAACAUGAAUUAAAGCUAUAGGGCAGACUGUAGUCCAUCACAGCCACACUGGAACAGCUGGGGCAGAUGGGUGUGUAUCACAGGCACGCUGGGGCAGGUGGGUGUGUAUCACAGGCACGCUGGAACAGCUGGGGCAGGUGGGGUGUAUCACAGGCACGCUGGAACAGCUGGGGCAGGUGGGUGUGUA